GAGCAAAAGAUGGCUGACUUCUUUGCUAAUGGAUUGUUAUUGACACCGUCCCCUUAAAAUGGAAACACAACGCUACACAUUUAUUCGGCGACGUUUCCUUAAUAUAUGAUUAUUAGAUUUGAAUGACAUAAAUGCACUAGAGGAUGUUAAUUAAUUUAGGUAUAAUGGUUGUGGGCUGUUAAUAAUGCAGUCUUGACUUAUUUGUGGAGUUUAUGUCACGAUUCUACUAGUACUAGUCAGUCUAGUCGGAUUCUAGAGUUCAGAGGAGCCAGGAGGUCCGAAGGGACUGCUUUUUUAAAAAAAAUAUAUUUUGGUAUGGAUUACUUUUUUGUUUAAUGUAACUUGUAACAGGCGUAUGAGUAAUUAAGUAUAUGCAUUUCAGGUAUACCUGCAUUUCAUAUAAACAAAUGACAAAUGAUGACUAGGCCAAAUUAUUUUAUUAGUUGUUUUUAAAUUAAGUUUUUAUAUGAAUGACAUGAAUAUUUCAUAUUCAAUUAUAAUAUAGACAAUAUAGUUGAUAUAGGCAGGCUAUUUAACUUCCAUUAAAUUUUGAAAUCAUUCAAUUCAGUCAAUUCAUUGUCUUCAACCUUUUAACUUUUGAAAUGUCAAAAUGUUUUUUUUUUGCUAUGUAUGGCUACUCUUAGGCCCUAGGCCUAGAAGCCUUUAGUCUUUAGUAGGUGAUUAAGUUUCCUAGAGGAUUAACAGCUCAAAAAGCUUUGGAAUUGUUUUAUACUAUUUCUUUAGAUAUAUGAUUUAUUUUAUAUUUAGAUCCAUCACAUGAUUCCGAUAGUAGUAGUUUUAGAGGAUUUGAGUUAUAGUUAUAGAAGUAAAGAAGAGGUAUGCGUACAUUCGUACAUAUAAUACUCAUAGGGAAUGGGGGAAAAAUGGUUUAGCAUAUAAUGUUUUCACAUUUUAUGGUUCUUUUCUGUACCUUAUUUUAUUUAAACUAAUGAAAUAAGUGUACAGAAAUAUAGUCCUUUCAAUUAUCUUUCAUUUGAGACCAAGUUUAGUCUUAUAAACCAAACAAUAAUAGUUUAAAUAUUUUUAAUAAACCCAACCUCUCUCUUUUUGGCUCUUCGAAAAAAAAGGUACAUUUUUUCGAUUAAAAAAUGCUGCAGUGAAAGCCUUAAGUAUUAUAAUCAACCACCCAAUGAAAUAUUAAUUUAAAACAUUCCUUUGUUGUAUUAAUAUUUGUUUAAAAACGUUAACUUUCGUAACAAUUCACAAAUAAUCAAAGGAAGAGAAUCCUACACGGAAACUGAAAGUGGCAUGCUGAACAGAAAAUAGCCGGACUUAAUCAAAGGUGACUUGCCACAUAAUGACAUAUUUAGGGUCAAUCCAAAAAAAAAAAAGACAUUACUGAGGAAUUAAUGAAUUUUGAAAGAUUUUAACCCCCUUUCCACAUUGUUGUAAAUGUGUUACACAAUUUAUAUCCCCUCAUAACAGAUUCUUACAAAUCCCCCCCCCCCCCCCCCCCCCAAAAAAAAAGACAUUACUGAGGAAAUAAUUAAUUUUUAAAGAUUUUAACCCCCUUUCCACAUUGUUGUAAAUGUGUUACACAAAUUAUAUCCCCCCAUAACAGAUUCUUACAAAUCCCCCCCCCCCCCAAUGCUUGACGUCAUUUUCAUUUAUUGCCCCCUUUUAUGACAUCACAUAGCCUAGGUUCUAUAGGAAUAAUGAUUGGGCUGAUAGUGGUAAUAGAAAGUAAUAGUCAACCAUAAGUCACUAAAUAGUUGAGUAGGCUUUAAAAUUAAAGUUUGGUUUUUGAAAAUCAAAAAACGAAAUUGUAGAAAACACCUGUCCGUACAAUUGUCAAACAUUAUCACAGGACAGUCUUGAAAAUGUAUCUCUUGCCCAAAUCAAUUUGGAAUUUUUAUUAAUCAUGAAAAACAAAUAUUUCAACUGGAUCAAGAAUAAGGGACUAUAUGCUGAAUUAUAAGUUGUGAAUUAUUCAUAAAAUUACUAUAAAUGCCAUAGUUAACUGUGUUACCAUUAUAACUAUAAGGCAAAAUCAAUCAGACAAAUGACCUAGUUAUUCUUUACAACUUAAAAAUAAGUAUAAGUAAGAGACUGAAUAAUUAUUUUAUUAUGACCAUUUAAAAAAAUGAAUGCUUAAAAUGUUGAAGAAAUUAUUGAAAAAAAAAUGGUAAAUAUUCUUUCAUUACCAGAACCAGCAAUAUUUUUAGCCAUAAAAAAUUAAAUAUUUACCUACUUGUUUUUUCAUAGCAUUUUAAAUUCCUACUUUCACCUUAGGUUAGCCAAAUAGUGAGUGAAAGCUGAUUAUGGCAUCCAGAAAUUUAAAACCAAGUGUUGUUCAAGGCUUUGAUUCAGCAAACAUAAAUGACAAAAUGCAGUCAAGUACAUUAAAGGUAAGACUGACUUUAAAUGUAUAUGGCCUGUUUAAGUAAUCUAGUUAUAAAUUUGUUAACUUUUUGUCAAGACUCAUGAUAUUUUUGUUUUGUUUUGGCAGAGACAACCAAGUCCAGACUGGAGUAAAGCAGACCUGCUGAGACUUCUCAGCUACUUUGAAGGAGAACUCCAAGCAAGAGAUAUAACUAUUGCCACAUUAAAAGUAUAUAUAAUAAAUGACAAAAAGCUGGUUAUUUAUCUACAUGGAACAAGAAAGAAAAAAAAGAGCUCCAUCAAAAUGUCUUUCUAUUUUUCUAAUUUUAGCCUCUGCUCUUUGUUAUGGAUUUGAAAAAAUGUUAACAAAAUUAUGGUAAAAUUAGAAAUUAGGUAAAAUUGUUUGAAUGAGAUAUUAGUUGUUUUGUCAUGUAUCUUACAGGCUGAAAAGGCAAAACAGUUACUUUAUCAAGCAAAAUAUGGCCGCUUCGGUCUGGGAGAUCCAUUUGUGGCACUUCAGCGAGAUGCAGAGGGCAAAAAUGAUACAGGCUUUGAUGAAGCAGCCAUAAAGAGCAUGUAUGAUAAUCAGCUGGCCCAGUUAGAGAACCUGAUAGCUACCCAAAGAAAGGCACAGUUGAAAAUGAGGGAACAGUUGGGAAACUCUGAAAAAAGAUUUCACAAGGUACUGGAUUAAAAUAAUGGCCUUAAAUGAAAUAAAAUAAAAUCUAAUUUGCUGAAAUUUUACUCAUAUUUUAUAAAUAUUUGAUCAUUUGCAAAUGGAAUGAACACAAAUAUACUAGUAUUCUUACAAUUGAAAACAUUAAAAAAUUUGUAAAACCUCAGAGCACAGCAUGUUAUACUUUAGUUUUAACAGCAUAAGAAGGUGUAAUGUAUUAAUCAUAGCUCCUUGUGUGUAUAUAUUUUUAAUGUAUUCAUAGUUUAAGUGAAAUAGACCAUAUAAAACUGAGAUUUGUGUGUCUAGUGUAAAUUAAUUAAUGAUCACCCGUUUUAUUGUUUAAUUAGGUAUGCACUGAACUUGAAGAGGAGAAACAAAAACAUGCUCAGGACACAGCACAGGGUGAUGAUGUAACUUACAUGCUAGAGAAGGAGAGAGAAAGACUCAAAGCUGAGGUAUGUCCUGUUAAACAUUAUUUUUGUAUAGUGAUGAUUUGUUGUUAUAGGUCAAUGUAUGUAUUCUAAGAUAAAUAUACUCUUCUGACUGUUAUUUAGCCUAUUUGUUAGCAGCUAAAUUUCUCAUAAUUAAGCAGCACUUUUAAUUGAAAAGCAUAACAGAAAUUAUUUAAUCUUUACUUAAUCUAUCCAAGUGUGCUAACAUAAUUUAUGAAUUCACAGAUCCAGUAUCAUAAAUAUGUUCCAGUGUGCACCAUUCAAAAAAUAUAAUGCAUUACUAUCACCCUAUGAUUUUUUCCAUCCUGGUAUAUUAAUUUGUAAUUAAAAUAUUAACAGACAAAAGCAAUCACUUCUAGGCAACAUAAGUGCUUUCUCAUUAUGGAUUUUUGUAUUUUAAAAUUUUCAGAUUGAUUUUGAGAAAAGCCAGAAUAAAAAGUUGGAGAAAGAUUUGAAAAAAACUUUAGCAAGUUUAGAGGAAGAGAGGGCGAACGCUGCACGUCAUAAGCAAGUGGCAAUAAUGCUUAUAAAGGUAUGUAAGUUUUUAAUAAGUCCAUUAUGCCAAUUUUUUUUCCCUGCUUCAUAAUAUAGUAAAUCAAAGAUUGGUUAAAUCAAAUAGUAUUAAAGGAUGUGGUUAAUCAAAGGUGUAAUAUUACAAAAUAAUCAAAAGUACAAAUAGAUUUAUUAUGCAAUAACUAAUACAUAACUUAUUUUCUCAGGAACGCAAAAAUUUAAUUGAACGUAUUGUUGCUGAAAACCAGUUACGGGAUGAAAUGGAAUCAGCUCUGACGGAUGGGAAAUCAAAAAUUCAAAACAUGGCAGAAGGCUUGGCUCAAGAGAGUAAAAAGUCUUUGAAAAUGGAAGCUGCUUUGGAUAAGCAGAGCUCUAAAUUUGAUUCAGAGAGAGAGUCAUUGCGGCACCGACUGCAGGAAGAAGAAAAACAAACCAAUAUAUUGAGGGCAGAAGUUUCUCGACUUUCAAAACAGUUAGAACAAUUACAAGUGCAGCUACGAAGCAGCACAACAUCACCAAGCGGUAUGCAGGCCAGAUCAACUGUAUCACCAGCCAGAGCAACAAACUCAGCAUCUGGUAGGAACACAGGCAUUCCUGGUGUCGUUACCAUGUCUUCUGGGUCAUCACCACAAUCUGUAAGUCCCAGUCCUAAUAAUACUCCUCCCCAGGGUUACAGUUCUCAGUCAUCAGCACCUUCUGCAGGGGGUGUUAGAUCUGCAUCAGGUUUGCACCCAGCUCACGGAACAAGUAAGCUUUACUCUGCACAAUCUGGCAACAAACUACCUGAUGGAGGAAGAAUAGGCUCCAAUUCUCCAGAAAAAGAAGUUAUUUACAGGCCUGAGAUCUCGUCUUCUGCUGGAUCAGCACUACAAAGAGGACAGGGGCCAGGAUCCAUACGAAUUGGACCUGCAGUUGCACCUGGCAUGGAUAGAAUGGAAGUGGAUAUAGGUACAGGUGCUCGAGUGGUCAAUAUUCCACCAGGGUCUGGUACAACAGUAACAACACAUAGUGGGGGUAAAAUUUCCUUUCAUGUUGCAGGAGGAAGUCCACAAGUCCCUGGCCAACCGCAGGUCAGAAAACCUAGCUUUGGUCCUCAGGCAUCAUCACCGAUUGGUCGUGGAGUUCCCCCACCAAUACCCCCCAAUAAACCAAACUUUGUUUCACCAGUUCCAGGAGGCACUAAACCAUCCCCACCACCGAAAGUUUCUGUUGUGGGAUCUAGUGUACUGAUUCAAAGCCCUGGACAAGGUCUUCACACUGGUCACUAUUCUAACACUCCUGGAAAAACACUAGGUCAGCAGCCACAGAGAGCUGUUCAAAUUCCAGUAACUGUUGUUGGUGGUGCCCCAUCCACAGGAAAUCAGCCCUCCCCUUCUGGAUCCGUUGCUAGUGUCCGCACACAAGUCAGAGAGACAUCUCCAUCAGCUGUCAGGAAAACUUCUCAGGUUUGUGUCAAUGCCAAAUGAUUGCUUGCUCAUAGUAAUGUAGGACAUACACAGCAAGACUUGAGGGUCUCCAAAUGAAUAAUGACCUGCACUACUAACUUGCACAUGCUCAUUCAGCUGAUCUCUCCACACCAGAUACUAAUCAAGCAAGCAGCUGUCCCAUAUACAGUGUAGCACCCAACUACCACCUAACAUACAUCUAAGUGCAAUAUAAACCCCCCCCCCCCCCCCCCCAAAAAAAAAAAAAAAGAAACAGGGUCACUGUUUCAGUAUGAUAGAUAUCCACUGCAUCAUUGUUUUACUUUUACUUAUGCAAUCCUAGGAUAUGGUACGUUUUGAUUCGUGCCAGUGGCAAUGCCAGAUCUGAAUUUUCAUGUUGUAUUAGCCUCACUUUUUGUCCAAUGUCCAUAUUAUAUAUAUAUACUUUUAUUUAUUGAUUUUUGUUUGUUUGUUUGUUCAAUGAUAUAUGAGAUUGUACAGCACCUUUUGUGUAACUUUUUUUGUAUGCAUUACAAAUCAAUGUUAAAAAGUAUUAGCAGAAGUUUAUAAAUAUUCAUUGCAUUUAUUUUAGUCAUUUUACACAUUUUAUACUUUAUUGCGUUAAAACAAUAUAAGCAUGCUGCUUUCUUUUUAUUUGAACAUAAGCAUUUAAGCAUGGAGAAUUUCAUGUUCACAAGAUCAGUGUCAUUAUUUGGAAAAUGCAUACCUUUAUAAAUAAUUAAAUAGUCUUUAAAGGUCAUCAGAAAAUUCUUUGAAAAUUACAUGAAUACUUUUAAGUCUCAAAGCACUAUAAAAAUCUAAGAAUUUAAUAUUUCUCCAAUUGUUGAUCUUUUAACAAAAAUUUGGAUAUGUUCAAAUUGGGAUCACUCAAAUUAGGAAAUGUUUUUUCCUUCUGUGUGUUUUUAAAAUUCAAUAUCUAAGUACUAUAGUGAUUUGAAUACAACCCCAAGAUUUGGAGAGCACAUUGAUCAAAUGGCAUGUGAUAUGAUUCCUCUCAAUACAAUGUGAAUGGUUUUGGGGUUCAUUGAUAUUUUUAAUUCAACUCACCAUUUCUUUAUGUUGGAAAGGCAAGGCAGUGUACCCUUCAAAUCCUUUUUAUACAAAAUUAAGUGAUAAUGUUUACCUAACAAAAACAAAACUGAAACAAUAAAAAGCCUAUACCAAUUUAUACUUGUCGAGAGUGUCAUAAGAAUUAGGAACCAGUGUUUUUUUUAAAUUUGUUAAUUUCAUAUGCCUAUAACAUUGAAUUUAAGAGAAAGAAAGUGUACUAUUUGAAAUCAGUCACAAGAAUUUGUAAGCUUUCUUUGUAGUGCAUUUUCUAUUGUUUAAAUGUCUCAAAUGUUUUCAAAUUAUUAUGUCAGGCAUCGUUGAAAACACAACUAAACCUGUUCAUUUAUUCUGGAUGUGUAGAGAUGUCUAAAUUUAUUUCAAUAUUCUUAGAGAUCUGCAUUAAUUGAUAGUCUGCAUAGCUAUAGUUCUCAGGGACAUAUAUGUAAUUUCAUUCUAAUUUUUCUCUUGGUUGUGCUUGAUAUAAUUGUUGCAGAUUUACAGAUUUUUUUAAGGAUAUGACUUUUCCCCAUCAUUUUAAGAAUUUAUUUGCUUUACAAUAAUCAUAUUUUAAAAAAAAUAUUUCACUAUAGAUAUGCAUUAUUGUGAGAUUUUAAAUUUCGACUUUAAAUUACCUUAAUUUAAUAAUAAUUCCUGUUACAAAAUUAAUAUUUAACAAAUCAAAACAGUGUAUUUUAACAGUGCAUAUCUUGGAAAGUGGCAUCUACUCAUUUGUGCUAACAUCAAGUUAACACUCAAAUUAGUUGUUAUAUUAUAAUUUAAAAAACAACAAGCUAUUAAAUGUUCUUUUGUCUGCACUUAUCUACCUAUCCUUGCACUGUUGUACUACUAUUGUCAUAGAAUUUAUUUUUGUUUUUGUUAUUACUGACAAAAAAAAAAGACAAAAAAAAGCUAAAUGUGCAUCAAUCUUGCAUUUUCAUUUAAUUUCUCCUCCCUACUUUUAUUUGAUAAAUGUUGAAGUGUCAAUAUAUUUGGUUAUCUGCAUGCUGCAUGUGCUUGCUGUCUCCUUGCAGCCUCUUGUGGAUAUUCCACCCUUAGAGCACCUUUCCACUACAGCCAAUGUUGUCAGUCACCCCGAAUCGAGCCACUCUCUAGAGUUUCUAGGCCCAGAAAUGGCCAACUUACAGAAGCUCUUGGCCACAAUGACGAGAGGUGAGCUUUCACACGUACAUGCAUGCUAGACAAGUAGCACCCUUUUUAAAAAAUUUAAUUUUUGCUUGUACUUUUAGUUUGCUUGUUUGAACUACUACUUAUCUUAUCCCAUCUUUGAUUUGUUUAAGAAUAAACACAAACAUGUAAAUAGGAUGGCAUCAGACUCACUUUAAUACAUAUAUUUAACAACCAUUGGUACAUAUUUAUUAAGUUGAGCUUAUUCAAUCUGAAAAUUUUUAAACAUCGUGAGAACUAUUUUGGAAUAGUGAAAAAAAAUAAAUAUAUAUAUACUUAAGGAGUUUAAAAAAAACAACAAAAGCACAAACUCCUGGCAAGAGGCUGUAUUUGAGUGCAAAAUUAAUCCAAAGAUAUCUAGUGAAAUCCACAUUUUUUAUAUGCGCCCAUGUGCUGCUAUUUGACCUAAAAAUUCAGUGUAAUGAUAAUUAUUAUACAUUGAGAAGUUCAUGUGAGAAUCUUAUAAAUUGAGCAUUCAAUUAUUAUUUUUGUUUACUAAACCAACAGACUAAUGUUAAGCCGCUUGGUUGGUAACACAGAUUUACUUAAUUCUAACAUUCUCAUAUUUUGUUAGCUCCACAUUCAACAUGUGUUGUACUUUGAAAUGGGAAGAAUUAUGUUCUUGUUUACUUUAUAUUCUUGACUAAAUUGCCUUCUGUAAUGUUUUAUUGACUGUGGUUGUUUUUGUUUAUUUGAAACAACCAUUUGAGAUGAGAAAUAUUUUUAAAUCUGUGCAGAUUGUUGCUGUUAAAUUGAUGUUAAAAUGUAUUGGUUUUCUAUCGUAUGUGCAUAAUUUUGUGAUUCGGUGGAAACUAGGGCUCUACUGGAUAUUGGUAGCCAUUAGUCCCAACAAAAUAUCCCAUCAGAAAAUCCCAUAAAUUGAAGGCAUUAGCUCUAUUUAAAUAGUUCUGCAAAAGUAUUGACUAACGUUAUCAAAAUAUAUCAGAAAAAUAUAUAUUUUAGCUCAAAGUAUUUUAAUUUUUUUUAAUCUAACAGAAUAUUUACAAAAUAAGUUGUAAUUUAAGUUGAAAGAAACUAGAUGACUAGAAAAGGUGUUGCUGGGACAUGUGGGAUUGUUACACCCACUAUGGUUGGCCAUCAUGGUCAGUGGAAAAUAAGAAACAUGUAGUUAAGACAUGAUAGAGUAGGAAAUCUAUAAAUAUCAUAACACAUGUUUUUAUAAAAAUAAAUUAGGACAAUAUUUUUUGUGAUCCUACACCCUGUGAAGUCAUUCAGACACCAUUUGUCUCAUACUUUCCAUUUAGGAAACUGGGAUAAAAAGUACUCGGAUGUCAUAGUUGAUAUUCCGAAUAUGAAAACUAAUUAUUGGAAACCUCUACCUGGCAGAGCUUUAGUAGAAACAGGUUUCUUAAAUAGCUUGCAUAGCUAUAUUUGACAUAAGUUUGAAUAGCUAUUGCAGUGCUGAUAUUAUUAAUCCACGUUUAAAAGUGAGGAGCUAACAUUUGUUAGUUCAAACACAUCAGCUACAAGUUUUAUUGAAAUGUAUCAUUCAGAUACUUAAAAUUGUAGACAAUAAGCAAAAAAUGGCCCUAUAAUCUAAUGUUUGAACUUUGACCUUGAAUGAAACUAAUUUUGGUGAAACGUAGAUGAUGAGCAGUUUCUUUGAAGGCCAUGAUGUUAUGUUAUGACCAAAUAGCCUGAUAAAGCCGACCAAUUGUCCCAUGUUGCAUUAUUUGCUCAUCUCAUCUAUAUAUAUAUAAUUAUAUACCUAUCAUCAGAGUACAUUAUGGCUGUACAAAUCUAUAAGUUUUAUACAUACAUUUUUACAAAGAUUCUUUGCAUGCUGUACAAUUGUUUCUGCUAUUUUUAUAUACUCACUAAUGUAGACUCAGUUUCUAACCAAAGGUCUGAUAUAUUUUUAGAGGUUAGAUUUUCUAGAUUUAACUCAAUGGUAAUGGUUAUUAUUAUGUUAUAAAAUAUUUAACAACUGCAUCAAAUAAAGCUUUUAAAAUUCUUUCUGGGAUCUGGAUUAUCUUGUGUCUUAAGAUAGAGAAAACUUGAAUAAAAUUCAAAUGCUACUCCGGUGCCCAUCCCUAUUGAAAAACUUUUAAAUUGCAUUUUACCAGUAAGCACUAAUUUUUUAUAGAAUUUUUUUUCAAACAAUUUUGGCUAAAGAUUUAAAGAAAAUUGCUUCUAUCCAAAAUGUAAAAUUUCAUUGCAUUCUUCUAUUAAAAAUAAUUUUUUCAUUAAAAUAAUGAGUGGUUUGUGUAUGAAUGCUUGGCAUAUAACAGUAACAGAUUUUUAAUAAAUAAUUUUUUUUAAAUCUGCCUUUGAAAAAGCUAAUUUUAUAAUUAGCUGUAUGUCUUCUGCACCAUUUAAUAUAUGUAAAUCAGAGUUAAGGAAGAAUGUGGGCAGAAAUAAUAGAACACCAGUAUUGAAAGUUAAUAGAAAAAGAUUUAAAACAUAUAAAUAUUUUCAACAUGUGUCACAAAUUAUAUUUCUCAUAGAAAUGUUCACAUGGUAGUUCACAUUUGUUGUCAAUGUUACUGCCUCCCUGCUGAUUGGUGUACACAGACUGCUUUCUCUCACUGAUGGUUCCAUAUCAUGUUAUACAUAUUAGAGCCUACUAAUCAUAACAUAUUGUUGUAAGAAAUUGCCUGUAAUGAUAUAUUCCCCCCCCCCCCCCCCCCCCCACUUUCCAAUGAACCCAGUGUACAUGGCUAUCUAUUUCUGUAGUGGAAUUGUUUAUUCUUCCUUUCCACUUGAGCCGCUUGUGUCUCCCCACUGAUGCUUAAGCUCGUGCUAGAUCAGAGAGCUUGUUCACACUUAGACCACUUGUCACUGAUGAGUAACCCUUCAGAGUUUCAUAGUGUAUUUGGUUUAGAAGCUUAUAGCACACCACAACAGGAUUCAAUGAUCCACAGCAUGACUUAAAAACCACAUGGCAUAUACAUUAUUAUGUGUGUGGAAUUAGGGACAUUGGGCUAGUCUUUGAUACAUUCUAGUAACUUUAUCUCAAACAUUCUUUUUUGCAACUCAGAGUAAAAUCUUAAACAUGAGUUUUAUUUUAUUUUUUUUAAUGAUUUAAUUAUUAAGAGAACUUUGAUUUUACAAGUAAUCAGUAAAGAGCAUUUUGAAGCAUUUUAAAGAGUAAGUUAAUAUAAUAGCCGCAUGUCAACUAACUUUAAAAAGUAAAUUUAAAAAAAGGCUCUGCACAAUUUAUUUUCACACAAUAAUGUAACUUUUUAAACUCUUUCAAAGACUUGAAAUUUUUCUAAUUCCUAUUAUGUAAAGAAAUAUUAUUUUUUGUGAAUUCUUUGGUUGUUUUUACUGGGUAAUAUGGAUUUUAAAAUCAACCAACUGUUGGGUUGUGUCACAAUUUAUUAAAAUAGCCAAUAUUUUGGUGUUAUAACAAAGCUCUAUAUCUGUAACAAAGAAGUGUGCAGUGUGUGAUCUUGAGAUACCCUUUAAUGACGUUUUAAAGAGCAUUAUAAUUGAUUUUAUGGCUUUUUGCCCCAAUGUAAUUUUUUUUGUCUUGGGUGGUUGAAUGGCUUUACCAUUGUAUACAACUCUUGUAAAGUAUUUGUAAUUAUGUCAGAGUGCAUACAAAACUUGAUGUGGUGUGCUAUGUUUUGUUCUAGGAUGGAUCUUCCACACUAAUUGUCUCAACUACUUUCUGUUGGACACAAACAUUAGACAAUUAUACAUACAUGACUUGUCUGUGCAAUAAAUUCAUCCAAAUCAAAAACCUCUUUUAUUUUUAUCUUUACAUCCUUGUAUGAGUCCAUUUGUCUGAUAACCAUUUAUCUUGUUCAUUUAAGCCAAAUCUUUUGCAAUGAGGACUUGAGUUAAAAUGUCUUUGAAACUUAUUCCAUUAAGCUUCAUAACUUGGUUCAAAUGUACCUUUGAAAUAAUUGGAGCACCUAUAUCCUGCUUUCUCCAACUUCCUGCUUGUGACCCAUAUAAAAAUGUAUACAUUUAUAUAUUAACCGCAAUUAUUUACUUGGCUUAAAAUUAUUCAAGGAAAGAAAGAAAAAAAACCAGCCAAGUGACUUAAGUAUAACUUACUUACAUUGCUUCUGAUUUUCAAAAUUGUAAUGAUUGGUUUGUGUAAUGUUUCUGCAGUCCUGUCUUAGAAAUAAAUUUUAUGUGGCUUGGAGAAUAAUAAAAAAUAUAAGAGCAAGGUAUGCCAAACUUGAAUUUAUAGACAGGACAAAAGAUUUUGACGUUUCGGCUUAGAGCCUUCAUCAGAAAACAAGACAAAAAUAGGUAUAACAAGUAUCAGAUCACAGAAAAAAAAAACGUACAAGAUUUCCUUUUGUUGCUGGAAGUAGGAUUACAGGAAGUAAAGGAAUAUUGGUACUGUGACAAUUAAGAAAGUUAGAGAAUCUUAACGGACCAUAAUAUUUAGGGAUACAUACAAUUUAAGGAAUAAUAAAAAAAAAAAAGAAGAGAUGCAGGGGAAUUGAGAAACAUUAGUAAGAGAGUAUUUGAUUCAUACCAUGUGGGGAUAUGGUACUAGAAAGCUGAAUAAAUUUGUUUUCCAUUUUCACUCUCUCUGGUGUGCUUGUGCCAGAAAUUAGUGCCUUAAUGGAUACAUCUAAUGCACCUUUAUGUUGCCCUCUGUUGAAGUGUGAAGAGACUGGGGAAAGUUUACCUUGAUCUUUUGUCCUGUCUAUAAAUUCAAGUUUGGCAUAUCUUGUUCUUAUAUUUCUUUUACACAACUUGAAUGCAGUCCAUCAAUUAUUAUGAAUAAUAAAAUAUGCCUAAAAAGGAUCAGGCAUUAAUGUCGGUGUCCUCCAGGUGUAUGCACAGCCCCCUUAAAUGUUAGUUAACCCAGAAGGUAAAUGGAUAUAUACUUUAGAGUUAGAAUAAACUUAGAUUUUUAACUUGGUUGGGUUAUAAAUUGUUGAACCUUCAAUGACGGCUUAAUGUUUAUAUUUAAACUGAUCAGUCUAUUAAAAAUAUGCCCCCCCCCUCCCCCCUGAAGUAUUAAUUUCAGUUGUGUGGCUAAUUGGUAAAUACAAAAAAAACAACACAUAAAUUGUAUCCACUGAAACCACUGCAUGACAAGCACUCCUCAGUGAAUACAACCUCUCAAGCACCUCCUUAAAACUUUAUUUUCCUGUGAUAUGACUUAUUUUCAACAAUUAACUUGUGCACAGCUGUUUGUGGUAUGUUUGUAAAGUUUUUACAAUCCUUAUUACUCUUUGCAGUGAUCUCCAAACUUUUAGUUUGAAAUUAUUUUCUUUGUACACUUAAUGAGGUUUCCACUUUUCAUUUGGUCUGCAUUGAACUGCAUAAAGUAAGGCAUUCAGCCACAGCUUGAGGACACCCCCUACAGUUACUCCGAUCUCCCCCCCCCCCCCCCCCCACAUUAACAGAUAAUACAUAUUGGUUUUUACUCCUUUAAUGAACAUAAAAAUCCAGUAUUUGAUGUAAUACAUGUUUUUAUUUCUCUCCACUCCCCCUCCCUCCCCCCUUGCUCCUCUUUUACAUUGACCAAUGACUUCAGGUGAAACCAGUGAGGGUAAUCCACAUGUGACCAUGUCAUCUGCCCCAGAGGCCAGCUCUUCUUCUCCUCUCUUACUUUCAUCAACUUCUCCCCACACUCCCAUUUCACAAAACGACCCAUCAAAUCCCCCAUCACCAAACAUGAACAAAAUCCCACCAUCGCAGCAUGCCAAGGACUUGCAGGAGCAAAACAAUAACACACUAAAGCUGGUUCUUGACAAGCAAGAGAUGAACGUCUCAACAACAGUUACAGCACAGCUCGGCGCACCCGUUAGUGUACCGCUCCACAUUUACGAUGAGAGAACAACCAACACACCAAACACGUAUAUGAGUCAUAACAUAUUAUCCCCGACCGCAGUAAGCCCAUCAUUUUCAACAAUGACCUCAUCACCAAAAAUCAACCAGCCUGCCGGGUUGGUCACGCCGAACCAAAAUGUUCUCAUUAAUCCCCUCUCCCUGCCCACCACCGUCACCUCACCAUCACUUAGACGUAAAAGCAUUCCAUCCCGAUCGAGGUCCAAAUCUCCAACAAAAGCAUUACUUCAUCAUUCACGGUCAUCUUCAUUGCACAAAGUCUUGGCCGCCCAUGAGUCAUCCAUUCCCGGAUCUCUUGGUUCUUCUGUCUUCCAACCUCUGACCUCACCUUCUCCUUUGGAUGAUCGCCUGCCGGAUGUACACCAAAAGUCAGCUCUUGGAGAUGUCAUUGCCUUGCACCAAAUUUUGACAUCACCUACUGCAGUGAAUCUAGCACUUAAAGAUGGGACAACUCCACUGCACACCGCUGUUGAGAAUGAGCAAGAAGGUCAGAGUUUAAAAUAUACAAUAUAAUCUGAAAUGAAAUGCACCUAUGCACACAAAAAAAAAAUCAUUAGAGGCUAUUUGUUUGGAGUUAUUUAUAGCCUUAAAACAUAUGAUUUGCUCUUUAGAAAAUAUUUUUUGCUCACAUGUGUUGUGUAAUAUUAGUGGGAAUAUUAAUCAUGGGUAAUUAACAAAAUGUAAACUGGGAAUGUGGGCCUGUGGUCAUGGUUCAAUCAACUUCUAAUUUUUUCAGGAAAAAGAAUUUUUUUUUUUUCAUGUUAUUGCAAUUGGUUUUUAUCCAGAAUAGCAAAACCAACACUUUUUAUUUCAAAUUACAAUAAUAAAUAUUGCAGCUGUGAGGUCAACAUAGUUUUCAUCAGUCUAAAUUUUUUGUUUACAGUAAUUUUUAUGAUGAUUUUCUGAAAAUUCUUUUAUUAAAAAAAAAAAAAAAAAAAAAAAAAAAAAAAAAAUAGCAAUUCCAUUAAUCGUAGACAAGAAACUAUCCAGUGUGAAAUAACUAGUGGAGAUGUAACUGAUUAAAUUUAGGGAGAUUAAGAUUCACAUGAAAGGUAUGACUAAGAUCUCUGCCCCCUUUCCAGGGGUUUCCAUUGUUUAAAAAUUGUACAAAACUACAAGCAGUUUUUGAGCCAAUUGAAUCACUAAGCCUCAUUUCCAGUUAACCCAAAAGAACUCCCAAAACAUUAAACUAUCACCUUUUAUGUGUCAUAAAGAAAGAUGUGUGAAUUUGUAUUUCACUGUCAUCUCCCAACAGCUAGUUUAAAGGUACUGUUAAGUUAUGGAGCCUCACCAAACUGUUUCAGGGAUGGUAACCUCACCCCACUGCAUAUAGCUGCAAUGAAAGGAUACUCUGGGUAAAAAUUGUGCUCAAUAAUUUAUUUAUUUAGGCAUUUUUAUAUAGCGCUUUCCUUAAAGCUCUAAGCGCUUUACAGUUAUUAAAAACAUGUAAACUAAGUAAAAUAAAAAUGAGACACUAGGAUAGUAACUACUAUACUAUAGAAACAAUUAAAAUGGCUAUCAAACGAUGACACUUUGGCACAUUUUGGCCUCAUUUCCAGUUAAUAAACUGUUAUCAGUCAAUAACAUGCUGAAUCAUUAAUUAUUUAUACCUACGACUUAAUGUAUUAUAUAUAAGAGAUUCUUGACAUUUUAGAUCCUUAACCCAUUUAAAUAAGACCAAAUUAUUCAAUUAAUUUAUUUCAGUAUUUGUGUUCAUUAAAUGUGUUUAUUGUGUUCAUUUUAACUCCCUUCAGAUGUUUGGGUCUGCUGCUGUCAGUUGGAGCUAAAGUUAAUUUGGCCUCCGCCACCGAUCAAACUCCCCUCCACCUCGCUGUAAAGGCAGGCCAACUGGACUGCUGUCAGAUUCUUCUGAGAUAUGAUGCCGAUGUGUUGUGGACCGGCCAGGUCAGUAUAAUAUCAAGCUUCCUACUUAAGAUUACAUGCUCUAGGAGUUUAUUAUUUUACUCAUAACGUUUAUUCUACUCUAUUGUCCAUUUAGAGCUGUGUAAAUAACAGCAAUCAUUUGGGGGGUGGGGGUAUAAAACAUAAAAAAUCUAAUUAGUGAACUUCAUUUAUUUUCAUGAGCUAAAUACAUGAGAAUUAUUCUUGGAAGAUACCAUUUUACAACAACCUUUAAACCAGGUUGGGAUUGAGGGCUAUUGACUAUAGGGAAUAGGCAACUUUAAUACACACGUCUACUUCAUUUUGGAUUUCAGUUGCUUCUACUCAGUCUCCAGCAUUUUAUCACACAACAGAUAAAACAUUGUGGCAAUGUGCCACUAUAUAAGAGAAUCCACUCGCAUAGUCAUAGUGUGACUGCUAUGGGUAACCCCAAGCACGUACACAUCCAUUAUCCAUGGUCAUUCAACGUAACACUCAGCCGUGUACUGGCCUUAAAUUUUAUGUAGGUUAUUUACACGCGGGAAUAACCAUCCCUGCUCCGGGGUUGACCAAUGGUCAGCUCGGACGCGGGUUCCCUGUGACUGUGUGUGUGUGUGUGGGGGGGGCGAACUGGGAGAUUGUGGUGUGGAACGGAUGCGUCGGGUCGGCGGCAGGAGUGAGAGAUUUUCCUGUCGGCUCUGUCAACGGAUUUUACCUUACAUUAAUUAAAAGGCUAUAGUUCUCAGACCUGAUUGUUUUAUUGUGAUUUCAUUUACACUGUAAGCUACGUCACCACACGGCUACAGUUUUGGCGUUGUCGGCAGGAUUCUUUGAGGACAGUUUUAAAGAAAAGGUAACACAAUCAUAGACAGAACACACAUAGCCCGACCGAUGGAGAAAACUGCAGUAGAGCAGCUUCACCUAGCCAACAGUCCACCCAAGCUGUCUAAAUUUAGUGGCGAGUGCAAUGCAGAGCAGUUUGUGAAGGAAGUAAUGUUAUUCCUGCAACUUCAGCCGAUGCCCGCAAACUCAGCGGUCAUCUGGAUAAUAGGUGUCCUGGAGGGACGUGCUCGUCAGGACAUUUUGGACCAAGCUGUUGCUACGAUAGACACUCCAGAUAAACUGCUGCACUUAAUUUUGCAGAACUGGGGUGAUCAUCGUGACGUCACAACUCUAGCGGCCGCAUUCUACCAUAGACAACAAUACCUUGGGGAAACUGUCGAGGACUAUGCGAAAGAAUUGCGCAACAUCUUCAUGUUAGCUAAUUCUGCACGACCUGGCAUUCUCCCAGAAGACAUACUGCGUGACGUAUUCAUCCAAGGUCUCCAACCACCCACACUACGCAGAGAUGUCAAGGCCUACGCAAGGCUACACACUAGCCGCUCAUUUGAUGACGUCCGUAGGGAAGCACAACGGUGGAUGCGUGAGUACAUUUCUGAUGUCGCCACCGCCCAGCUCUCAGCAUCACCGUCACCUUACCUGACCCGGCUGACAACACAACUUAUGGCUCGUAUUGACCAUCAAGUGGCAGCCAGGGCAGAAAGGUAUAACCCUCCAUCGCCUGAAAGGGACUGCGACGUCCGUUUUACCGAGUCUACACCAGCACCUACACAUCAGCGACGACAUAAGCGCAAGCGACAAACCACACGCACGGAUGUGUUAUGUCGUUGGUGUAGUCGUAGAGGUCACACAGAGCAGGUAUGCUGUGCCAAGAAAAAUUACAUUUCUCAAAGAAAUGGACAACCACAACACCCCAAGAGGCGACGGUCAAAAAGGAAAUCCAAGAUGCCAUUUGUCCAUGAUGCUGCUCACGACCAGCCUACUGCUGGUCAGCAUGUGUCAACAUAUGUAAGAGAGCCUGGUCAGUUUAGCCCUACUGUUGUUGGAACUAAAUCUGAGAAUGUGCGAUCCACAAACUCAGACGCAAAUACGAUUCUUAAACUUCAACCCGAAAGUGUGACUAAUACAGCUGGUCAUAUUGACCGUCGAAAUAUUAGGAAGAGAUCAACAGUUAAUUUUUCUGACACUGUUUUACAGGAUGGUUCUGUUAGUGUUGCACCAAAACAACCGGCAGUUUGCCCAGAUGUUGAGAGAAGAACCGUUAUCAUGACCCACACAGUAACACUAAAAACAAAGACACACGUUUUUAAUUCUAAGGGAGAACUUCUGAAUGUUUUUGAGAAAUCUGAAAUUUUAUUAAGAAAUGAAAGUGAUCCAAUGGAAGAAGCCCAUCAAACCACAGAGGAUUCAAUCCCUACCAUGGUUUCGCCACCACCAACUUCCAGUACAAUGAGUACAGGGCACCUGAACAAUAUUAGCUCAUCCUCACAAACAAGGACAUUAAGUUCAGAUUCAAAAUCAGGCGUGUCCAGUUUAGAUGCUAUCCCAUCAAGACAGGUUUCAUCACAACGGCAUGACACAUGUGUACCUGUCAUUGCUGCUCCCCAACAUUCAUCACACUCACGAGGUAAACACGUGACAACAACGCAAGUAGUACCUCCACCAGUAGUACCUCCACCAGUGGUACCUCCACCAAUAGUACCUCCACCAGUAGUACCUCCACCAGUUAUACCACGCAGAUCACUUGGCAUCGCCGUGGCACAAAAAGACACUAGUCCUAGUUAUUGUUUAUGCUAAGUGUUUUAAUUUGUUUUUAAAUAUUCGAUCGUUCUCUAAAUUUUUAUUACAAAGUAGUAGGCCCAGCGGGGACGCUGGGAUUUAAACAGUUGGGGUGGAUGUGGCAAUGUGCCACUAUAUAAGAGAAUCCACUCGCAUAGUCAUAGUGUGACUGCUAUGGGUAACCCCAAGCACGUACACAUCCAUUAUCCAUGGUCAUUCAACGUAACACUCAGCCGUGUACUGGCCUUAAAUUUUAUGUAGGUUAUUUACACGCGGGAAUAACCAUCCCUGCUCUACAUGGUCAUUCAACGUAACACUCAGCCGUGUACUGGCCUUAAAUUUUAUGUAGGUUAUUUACACGCGGGAAUAACCAUCCCUGCUCUGGGGUUGACCAAUGGUCAGCUCGGACGCGGGUUCCCUGUGUGUGUGGGGGGGGGGCGAACUGGGAGAUUGUGGUGUGGAACGGAUGCGUCGGGUCGGCGGCAGGAGUGAGAGAUUUUCCUGUCGGCUCUGUCAACGGAUUUUACCUUACAUUAAUUAAAAGGCUAUAGUUCUUAGACCUGAUUGUUUUAUUGUGAUUUCAUUUACACUGUAAGCUACGUCACCACACGGCUACAACAUAUUUUUGACACUAAAGACAGUAAAAAAUUCCAGGAUUCCAAUUCAGUAGCUCUACUACCUUUCAUGACAAUCAAUAUGAGAUCCUAAAAUAAUAAAAUGUUAAAAAUUAACAUAUACUUGCAGAUAUUUUUUAGAGAAAAGUUUCAUAAUUACAAGAUAGUAGGAAAAGCAUGAGUGCAUUUACCAACUAGUUACACUUAGACAUGUUUUUGUCUAUAGAAAAGUGGUCAGCAAGAAAAUAAGCGUUUUUUUGUUUUUAAGGAUGGGCUGACCUCUAUUCACUAUGCUGUACAACACAACCACCCAGACAUCCUGAAACUGUUGCUAGACAAGCUUGGCCUUCCCAGUUCACCCAGAGAUUCUGAUGUGGGGUAUCAAAUUGUUGGGAUCACAGACAAGGAUGGCUGGACUGUGGCUCAUAUGGCUGCAUAUCUUCCAAAACCAGUAAGUCCAGACCCCCCUUUUAAAAAAUGUGACAUUCAGUCAACUGAGCAUAACCUGAUACUUCAGCAAUCCCUAAGUCAAAUCAUUUACAUGGGGGGGUGAGGGGGGAAUUUUUUCUGUUAACCAUUGUAUAUGUAUGUUUUUAUUAUCUAAUCUUACAGUUUUUAGCUGGUGAGUUUAAUAUUUGUUUACCACCAAUUUUGUUUAAUUGACUGAAAUACCAUUAGAUUUAGUUAACCUUCUUUAUUUGAAGGCUUUAGUUAAUUCCAAUGACUAUUUAUUAAAGCAGAAGGCUGCAGUUAGAUAUUUCAACAUUUGGAAAUAACUUGACAUUAGACUAACCACUUAAUCUUCUCCUUUUUGAUCCCAGCCACCAUUGUUAUGCCAGUUAUGAUAAAGUAUGUUCCCUUUCCUCCCUUAUUAACUAAAGUGAGUAAAAAUGUCCUUUUCUUUAUCUCUAGGACUGUUUAGCAGUGUUAACUGAGAACUUGCCUUUAGACCUUGAUGCCAAGGACAAGCUAGGCAGAUCUGCCAGAGCUAUAGCCUCAGCGUCUUGCCGGGACGCUCUUGCUAAUCUAGGUAAGUGUGGCACAAGUGGUCUGGUUCUUUGCUUAAACACUGAUUAAAUAAUAAAUGUAAGGGGCUUCCAACCUUCUUCUUCUUCUAUAUCUUAAGGGCCCACGAUCAAUUUAUUGAUCAUUUUGGCUCCUAUGCAUGUAGAUGGGAUUUGCAAUGUUUCUGUUACUGGUGGUGAUGAGGAAAUUAUGCACUAGGGGUUUGAAGACACAAAUGUGUCUAGUGUUGUCGCCUCAACUGUUCCUUUUGAAAGAUGGUUCCAGUCCCUGAUUGUCUUGGGCAGGAAUGAGCAGCUCCUAUACUGGCUUCUUGCUGGUAUGAGCCUGAAUUGCCUGACAUGGCCUCGUCGCUGUCUAUGGGGGAGAGGGACGAGUUUCUGUUUAAUACUGGAACAGUGGACCAGCCCAUUAUUUAUCUUGUACAUCAUGGAGAGCCUGGAUUGUCGUCGUCGUUUCUCCAAUGGUGACCAGCCUAGUGUUUCUAGCAUGCUGCCAACACUAGAGGUAUUCCUGUAGCGGUUUAGGACAAAGCGUGCUGCUUGUCGCUGGACCGCCUCCAACCUGUCAAUGCUCUUCUGGGUAAAUGGGUCCCAGACUGAAGAUGCAUAAUCUAAAAUCGGACGGAUAAAGGCUUUAUAUGCUCUUUCUUUUCUUCAGGGCUACAAGCCCUAGUUUAAAAAAACAAUAAUAAUAAUAAUCAUAAAAAGUUCAUUUGAAAAACACGCUUCAUCCCCAAAAGCUCGAAGCGCGGUACAAAGUCAACCAUAUUAAAAAGAGAAAUAAAAACAAUCUAAAAUUUACCACAUUUAAAAACAGACGCAACAAUAUAAAGCUACAUACGAGCAUACCCAGUCAAAGUCUUUCAUCCCGUUUCAACCAUAAGUAACACAUGGCAAUAUGCAUUAACUGAAAAAGAUGGCAGAUAGCAUCACCCCAGAAGGUGUUUGCGAAAUAGAUGUGUUUUUAAAUCGGUUUUAAAGGACUCCAGUGUCUGGCUGUUUCUGAGAGUGACUGGAAGUGCGUUCCAAAUUGUUGGGCCGGCAAAUGCAUAAGUGCGCUUUCCGUAAGUCUCAAGGCGAACACACGGUAUCGAUAUUUUGCCACUAUCGGAUGAGCGGAGCUCUCUAGUGGGUACAUAAGGCGUCAUGAGUGCUUUGAGAUAAAUAAGACAUAAUAAUUUGUUUAGUUACUAAAUUUUAACAAUUACCGUAUUUAUUGGCGUAUAACAUGCCCCCACGUAUAACACGCACCCCAAUUUAAGAAGGAAAUUUCAGGAAAAAAACUAAACAUUAUAUCUGUGUAUAACACGCACACAUCAUUUGCCCCCUAUUUUCAGGGAGAAAAAGUGCGUGUUAUACGCCAAUAAAUUUGGUUUAUUCCAGGAAAGAAACUUGCCCUGCAUUUGUUUUGAAUAAAUAAUCUUAAUGUUUCAAUUCCUUUGUUUUAUUUUUAGAUCAACUGGUCGCCCCAGUGAUGAAAGUUCAGGUAGAGCUGCGCUACAUCCUAGAAACAAAAACUGUGUCCAAUGUUCAGGUUGGUUUCAUGGAGAUUAGUCCCGGUAUGGGCUGGAGAAACUUAGAACAUAAUCUCAGGGCUACCUUAGAUGUUUAUCUUGCACAGCUAGAUGCUGGUUUAAAAACAAGGAGAAUCACACGUUUAGAAGUUGACUCUGACAAAGGAUUCACUCUUGGACUCACUGUGGCUAAUAUCAAGCAAUUUGAAAUGGGUAGGUUUUCUAAGAAGUCUUUUUCACUUCUUGGUAAAAGAUGAUGUAAAAAUGAUUGAUCGGUUGAUUUUAACACUUCCCCAAACUCUGAAAAAACUUUACCCUUUUUUCCCAGCUAAGCUGUAGGCUAUUGUAAUAAUCCUCAGACAGAAUUGGUGCAUCAAACUUAUAAUCUUCUGCCUACUUAUACUUUUCUGAGUCCUUUUUUAAUCUAAAUAAAAAGAAAAGACAUACUUGUGUUCGUCUGAUUAAAUCACUUAAUCAAAAUACAGAUUGAAAUUACUCUGAGACUUGCAUUAAAAAAGUAGGAAUUUUUCAGAUGUCCUGUUUUGGUUUGCAAUGAGCUAUUUGUGUCCGCUUGGAAUCUCUCCCCAGGUUUUUACAAGUGGACUCCAGGCAUGCAGACAGAUACAGCACCCUAUGCAAUGCUGACCAACAAUCAAUAUAAAAGGAUUACCAUUAUAGUUGAUGGUAGGUUAGCCGGUGUUUUGCUUCAUCAUUUUCUUUCUAAUGUUUUAAGAUGUGCACUCAUUGUUAAUUAUUAAAACAAUUAACAACUUUAUAAAAUAUUGUUUUUAAAAAUCUUUUGGGAAGGCUUAUUUAUUUAUUUUUAAUGCAUGGAGAUGUUUUUUUGUUGUAAUUAUUAAUCCAGUUCUUCAAGCCUUGGCUGAAAACUUAGGUAGAUUAGCUAAAUAUUCCAUUCCACUUAAAUGGAGAGGGCAGAAUGUCAGGAAAUAUAAGACUGAAUAAAAUAAGUCAUGAUAUUUGAUAAUAGUAUAUCAAUACAGAAUAGAGGCUAGUAUCUUAAGUAGUUUUUAAAUUAAAUUCUUCUCUUACUUUGAAGACACUGUGGAGGAGAGCAUUUUGUCUUCAAGCAGUUUGCACUGACCCUGAAUUGAUGGACGUUUCAGUGAUGGUUAUGAAAUAAUUAAAUCCAUCCAUACCUGUGGCGCGACAGCCCAUGUAGGGCUUUGGCCUGCCUCACCACUUCCUUCCACUCAGACCUAACUAAUGCCUUUCUUUUCCAUGCUUGGACUUUCAGUUGCUGUAGAUCUUUUUCUACGUCAUCUAUCAACCUAAGCCUAGGUCUGCCUUUGAGCCUUUUUCCUCUGGAGUAUUGGUGAUGCACCCUCUUUGUUCCUGUCAUUUGGCAUUCUCUCUAGGUGUCCUGCCCAGCGUAGCCUGCCUCUUUUUAUUUCUGCCACUAUCAUAAGAUCCUGGUAGUUGGCAUGAACACCUUUUCUUUUCCUAUUUUGGCAUUGAAGUCUCCAAUCACUAUUUAAUAUCAUGUCGUGGUGCCUCUUCGUAGAUCUUUUCCAGUGUCUCAUAAAAGGAUUCUUUAUUCUGAUCUUCCGUGUCUUCCGUUGGAACAUGUACAUUUAUGAGUAUUGAACAUUUUUCCUCGCACUCGCAAUGAACACAAUCUUUCGUUUUCUGGUUUGAAGCCUAUGACUGCAAUGACAGCUUCUAUUUCACGGCAAAUCCUGUUCCUAGUGUGUUGGUGUUACUACCACUAUAAAAUAUGGUGUAUUCUUUUGUUUUGAGGAUGUCUGAAUUUUUCCAUCAAAUUUCUUGCAAUGCAGCAAUAGAUAUUUUAUAUUUGACCAGCUGAUUAACAAGGUUGGCUAAGGCUCCUGCUCUAAACAGGCUUAGUAAAUUCCAAGUCGCAAUCCAAAAAUCAUGUCCAUAUCCAUGCAUAGUUCGAUUUCCAUUGGUAUCAGUCCGGGUUUUGUUCUGUUGCUUGGCUUUCGUAACGUUGAUUUUUUUUUCGUGGCCGGGUUGUUAACCCUGCACGCAACCGUCUGGGGGGUUGCCCCUUACAGCUCUCUGGAUAGCUGCGUUAGUUUUUGGGUAAGGUUCCCUUGGCUUUGUGGAUCCCUCCACUUCCUACAAGGCAGUAGGUUCUGAUUUUGGUCCGCCCCAGGUAUUUUAUUUCCCUGGUACCCUCCAUAUCUGGUGGGGUUUCCCCAUCCGUCACCUGGGGAGGCACUCGAUGGAAGAUCAGUACCUCCGCACGAGGAAAUAAUUAAAUAGAAAGGGUUAAUGUAGCCCCUGGUGACAUUUCUUUUUCUAGGUGUUUAAACAGCCAUUACAAAUAAUAAAUCAACAGCUUCUAUUAAAAUUCAUUCUACUUUUAACUUGUAACUUUUGUUUUAGAUGCUGGCAACAUGAGUGAGCUGAUUGCCUUUGAUGUCCUCCAGCCUGUGGCAAACAUCAAUAAUUAUCUGCGUCUGGUAAGAUUUUCUUUAGGAAUACAAUUUAAAUUUAGGAGCUUUGAAUAUUUUUAGUUGGAGGAUUAUGGUAGAGGGUGUCAUUUCAAAGAAUGCUACAUAGUGAGUGAGUGGAAAGAACCCAGUUGCAUAAAAGCUUUGUGUGUCACUAGAACACGUCAGACAGAGCAUUACAUUUGUUAAAUGAAAUGGUAGUAUCAACAGAUUUAUGCAUAACUUUUACAUAAAUUAUUUUGUAUAAAAAAAUAAAUCUUUGAUAUAUCAGCCUAUUUUUCUACUUUUAUCACCCCUAAUUUUAUGUGAUCACUCCUGAGAAGUUAUAAAUAAAUUUUAUGUGAUCACUCCUUAGAAUGUAUAAAAACAUUUUAUGUGAUCACUCCUUAGAAUGUAUAAAGAUAUUUUAUGUGAUCACUCCUUAGAAUGUAUAAAGACCUAACUAAUGCCUUUCUUUUAAAAAAAGACUCUAAUUGUAUGUGAUCAAUCCUGAGAAUCUAUAAAGACUGAUGACUAAUUUACACAUAAAAAAUAAUUUAAUUCCAUUUUUCUAUCAGCUUGAACAAUACAAGAGUGUGAUAUUCUAUGGCCCUGCUGGUAGUGGGAAGUCUUACUUGGCCCAAAGGCUGGCUCAGAGUAUUGCAGUAAGUAACUUGAUAUCAGUAAUACUGUCUCAGAAUACUUGUAAGAUGAAAUUUUUUUAGUAGUAUAACUUUUAAUAGGCACUAUUCAUUUGAUAUGGCAGCAAGUGCAGUUCCGCCUAGAAAUUUAACAAUAAAUAGAAAUACAAAAGAUUGCAGAUUAUUAACUCAUUACUGUCAUGUAUACUUUUCAUGUAUAUCUCAUGUACAUCUAUGUUACUCUAAAAUUCUAAAUUCCUUGGAGCACCUUGUGAUCAUUCCCGAGAAUGUAUAAUUCAAUCUUUCUAUAAGAUUACAUUACAAAACUUGUAAAAAGAAUUUCAUUUACAUUCAGGCCCAGGAAAUGGCACAGGGAAGGAAGCCAGGAAUAUACCAGCUUUCCUUAGAGCCAGGAUAUUCAUGGGCUAGUUUCCUAACCUUUCUCAAGCAAAAAAGUAAGAUGUGUAUAACAUUUUCUACCAUAACAUUUUCUACCCUUUUUAAGAUCAUAUAUACCGGUACUAAAAAAAAGUUCAGAAGUUAUUUACACAUUUUUUUCCAUUUUAAAUUUCCCAAAUUGUGGCAUAAUUCAGUAUAACAAUAUGAAAAUUAAAAUAUUAUUUUAUGUCACUCAGUUGUCAUAUAAAUAAUAAAAUAAUCAUUCAUUUUUAAAACAUGGUCACAGGGUAGAUCUUUUCUUUAAAAGUUUACAACAUCAUCAACUUGCACAGAUUAUUUCUUGCUGAACUGUGUUUAGUAACAUGAAAAUCAAAACUUAGCUUAGCUUUAACCAGAAAAAUAGCACAAAGAAGUACAUGAAAAAGAUAAAUGAAUGAAGGGAUUUGGAUUAUAUUUUUGGAGCUGGCUUUAAAUCCUUUAUAUUAACUUUGCUUUCGUGUGUUUCUCUGUGGUAAAAUCUUCGGAAGGCUAAUUUACACAUUUCCUGUCAUGCUAUCGAGCUAAAACUUGGCACAUAGACUCGUUGCUAAUGACAAUACCUUCAAUCAAAUUUUCUGUCCCAUCUCCAAAAAUCAGUUUUGAAAAAGGGGGGUGUGUGUGGGGGGGAGGGGCUUAUGAUGUUAAUGAUUAGCUCAAUUGUUGCAUGUUUUGGUAUUGAGAUUAAUUGUGUAGCUUUUGUUAUGUGGUUGGUAUUUGUGACGUAUUAGUGUUUAAAUAUAUCUUUAAUCUAUUAGGUUUUAUAUGCACUAAGUGUGAUAAAGACUAUUCCCAUACCAAAAAUCAGUUGGUACAAUCACAUAAAUGAUAAAUCAUGUACAAUACAUAUAAAUGCAAACAAAAAUACAUAUAAAGGAUUUAUAAGCAAAACUUAGUUUUUAGGUGUUGUUUAAUUCCUAUUCAAUACAGGAUAUACGAGCUUUGCUCUGUUCCUUCUGUUGCUCAGUUAUAUAUUAUUUCAUCUUUUGUCAAAUACUGACACUUCUGUGAAUUGAAACUUAAAACAGGCUGUGUGGUGCCUAUAAACAGAGGCCAUGAGAACAUUGCUCCUAUACUGGUGCUGGACAACCUGGAAGCUGUAGAUAUUGCCCAAAUGUUUGGGGAGCUGCUUGACGCCAUGGAAUACAGGGGAAUCAAACAUGCUUUCUUUCUCAGAGGUACAAGUCUAUUCACUCAGCUUUAAUACAACAUCAAAUGUGUCAUUUAAUGGUUUCCCUUCUGAAGAUCAUUUUAAACAAUUUAGAUUUGACAGAGAAUUAGGUAUAAAAUAUCUGUGCAAAAAAUAUUAAAACCUUUUCUAUAAAAUCUUGAUAGAGAAGCUCCAACAUUAGAAAAUAAUAAAUUCUUUAAAAAAAUAACUUGGGAAAAAAAAAAGGACAAGUAUUGGUAAUAGAUUUCAGAUUUCCAGCAUCAUUUUAGUUAUUUAUUUAGUGUCCUCUUUAAAAUCUUUAAAAAUCAUCAAACUCUUUUUAGGAUAUUGCUUAAUUUAUAAUGCACCCAUUAUUAGGUAUGAGAAUACAGUGUAAAAAAACAACAACAAAAACUGUUACAUAGUAUUUAUCAAAAGAAUAACAUGUUAUAUGUUUAUAGGAAAUGAUCCUGUGGAAAAUGGAAUGCACUACUUGACUGAUCAGUUUUACCUUAUCGGUACAAUGAAUAAAUCAAGGCAAGUUGAGUUUAACUGAACUAUUAGUUUGAUUACUGAAUUUCUCUUUACAUUCAUUUCACAAUUAUGGCUUCUUUUAACUGGCGCUUAAAUUUUUUAUUUCCUGGUCCAGAUCUUUGGGUGUGGAUCUCUCAAUCCUUCCACGAUUUCGAUGGGUCCAGUUUAGAUUGGAUACUGAACCGUUACGAGGAUUGCUUGCCAGGCACUUUUUGCGAAGGAUUUGCAACACAUACCAUGGUCAGUUUCCAUCCCCUGAAGAUCCAGUUCUUCGAUCAGUGGAGUGGAUAGUCUGUGUCUGGCAGAGACUCAAUGACAGCCUCAAUAAACUUGGUCUGCUGGAUGUUGUGCUGGGACCAUGCAUGUUCUUCAAGUGUCCGUUAGAGAAGCAAGAUCACGAACUUAUCCUUGAGUAAGUCUAGCAGCUUUGUAUUUUUUUUUUUUGCAUAUGAAAUAUUUUAAGAAUAGUCCAAACCCUUUCUAACUAUGCAGUGGUCCAGAAUUCUGAACCAGUUCAACUGUAUUAAUUUAGCUGUGCCAAAAAGUGAAAAGCCUCAUGAAAACAAGAUUUACAGUCACAAGUUAUUGAAAUUUGGGAAAUUUAAUUUUGUAUUGUGGAAAAAUAUAAUAAAUGUCCUCCAUUAUGUUUAGGUUUUGUUCCAUGGGGCCUGAAAACAAAGUUAUACGACAGACUACUGUUAUUAUCAUGUAAUAAAAGGCUACAUGCACUUUGUUUAAUCCUGAACUACCAAUUUUUCCAGGUGGAUGAAAACACUAUGGAAUCAACAGAUUGCCCCAAGAGUCAGAGAGGCAGUUAAAAGAGGCACAGGAUCUGAGUCACCCACUGACGGUCAGCAGAAAGUGGCCAACACAGCACUGUAUGUUCUGAUGCAGCGGUCAGUAAUGCUGGGCUGUCCACUUGUUGGCCAGGGUGAGAUCUCUUAACUCUGUUUGCUGAAUCAAGCACCUGCUACCUAAUAACACUAACUGACCUAUUACACAUUUAGGAUUACACCAAAUAGAUCAAUAACUAUGCAGCAUCAAAAACUAAACACAUCUGGCCAUCAUGUUCCCUAUUCAACACACAACUUGGUUUAAAAUCACAGACAAACUGUGCACACUCAUUAAUUUCAACCCCUUGCAGUUUAAAGUGUUGAUACUAAUAAGCUAUUCAUUUUGUUCUAAUAAUUAAACCAAAUAACACCCCCACCCCCCUCCUCUACUACAUUAUAUGAGUUGCAGAAUGUCUAAGAGUAGUCCCAAGGCCGGGGUUUAUAUUUGCUAUGAAACUGCUUCAAUCAUGGUAAAUGUAGUAGCAUAGAAAUGGUUUUAUUAGCAUAAAUGAUUUGAGCGUUCAAAUUUAAAGUUAAAAAAAUGGACACUGCUCCUUAAUUUAUCAGGACAGGGAGAAUUCUACAAGCUUUGUUCCCAUUAAAAGUAUGUAUUUAAGUGGUUUAUCACUUAUAUUAAGCUCAUCAGUUUUCUUCAAAGAUUUCUUUUCUUACUAAACUUUAAAAAUUACAUUACGAUUCAUUCUUUUCUAUUUCAGAAAAAGAAAGUUACUUGAAAGGAUUCUCAGGUUCCAAUGAGCUGUCCAUUUCUCUGAAGCCAGGUGAUAGAUCAAGAGUUACAUCCCUUACAUCACCAACAUCGCCACGCAACAGUCUUUUGAAACAUGACCCAUCAUCAUCUCUGCAGAGCAGAAGGUGGAGAAGCGAGGGUGACAGGUCACAAGCAGCACUGGUUCCCGAGGACAAAGAAAGAAAUGGGUAGGGGAGAAAUUUCAAUAGCAAUUAAUGUGAUGAGUGUCUCUACAUCAACCAAAACCAUUCCUGUGCAUGGUUAAUCAAUUUUUCAUAACCUUAAUCAAUUCUGUGAAGAAUAUUUAAACAUGACUAUUGCACCAAGCCAUAUAACAGGGCUUACGGUGUUGUAAAUUUAAUUUUUCUCUCUAUGUGGGCCACUUCUCAGCCCAGCCUCCUUAUGACUGAGGGAUCUAGAAGAAGCAGGUUUAUUUGUCUACAGUGGGGCUGGUACCCCUGCUGACAUUUUUUUAAUGUAUUUGUUAAGUAGUUUGACUUAUGUCAGGACCUAAUCAGAUCAAAUUGAUUCCUUAUGGUGUGACAUAAUUUAGCUUAAAAAAGUAAAUUUUAGUUUAGAUUAAUUUCAUCACUUGUAAACAAUAGUAUCAACUUAAGUGUCUUUAUCCUUGUAAUCUAAAAAAAAAUAUAAUGCCAAAUUUUUUUUAUUAAAGUAGCUAACACUUAAAUCCACAGCAGAGAGGAAAGACGUCCUGAUAACUCACUACUUGCCUCAAACAUCAAACGCCGGAGUCUGUCGGAGUCAAGUGUUAACAAAGCAGCUCAGCAAGAGCAAGAACAACGCCACAUUGACAACACCCAAAUCCCUUUUUCACACCAUGCUAAGGUUGCUAAACUUGAGGUCAAAUCCCCUAAAUUUGUCAGCAUAGCAUCUGCAUUUCGAAGUCCAGUUCUAAAUCAUUUACAGCACCAACCGGAUUUGGAGGAAACCCCACAGCCUGGCCCCACCGUCCACAAGACAGGUCGUGUCAGUCCACUCUUGUCUCUUGUAACCUCCAGCAGGAAUACUGGCCCAAAUAUUAGUCCAAAGAAGUCCAGAUCCUCAGAAAACAUAACUACCAGUGGACUAUAUGGGGGCUCCAGCAAACCCAAAUCUCCAUUCUCAUUUUCUCUGUCUACUCCAAGGUCAAGCUUGAGUUCUUUUAAAUUUCUAGACAAUGUCUCUUCUGAAGGGGCUGACCGCGCAAUAUUGACAGAGCAGAUGCCAGAUUUUAGUGUUUUUGAUCAAGUGCCCACUCCCACAGAUGAAAGGAGCCAAGGUUUUGUGUUUGUAAAGCAAGCUGAAUCCAAGGAUACAAAUUCUGAGAAGGAGGAUGAUGUGUGGAGCAGGAGAACUCAUUUGUUGGCUCCUGAACAAGUUGGAGAUAAUAUCAGGAAAGAGAACCCAAGGCACAAAAGUGUUCCAAGCUGACAUGAGGAAUCUAGUUAGGCAAACGGUUAAAGAAUAUUUAAAUUGUAUUCUGUUUUCUUUUAAGAUUUAUAUAUUUUAUAUUGUUUUAAAAGCGAUUUUUGAAAAAGAAAAUUUAACAAAGUGGCUUUUCCUUUAGGAAAUUCCUUGCCCAAUUUAUGAGUUAAAUUAAGUUUGAAACGAGUCAUAUCUGGUGGUAACACUAGAUUGUCUAUAUUAAUUACACAGUGAUAAGAAACAUUCCUUGUCAGUUUGCUAGUGCUGUUCAGAUAGUCAUAUCUAUCCACUGACUGUUCCCAAAAUGGCUUGGUGAAGGACUGAUGUAACUUUAAAUCUUUAUAAUCAUAAUAUAGAUCCGUCUGGGUUUAUUUUAUCAGUUAAAAUAGUCACAUUCAUUUUCUGUGUUCAUUUGUAUAAAUCAUUUUUUUUCUCUACAAAACACCACAAAAAAAAAUAGUUUAGUAUAGAAAACAUGCUUGACAUGUGUUUUUUUAACAUGUUUGUUGUGAGUGAUGAUCCUUUUUGCAAGUUUUUAAAAUAGGAAAAAUAAAGUGGAUACUAUUAAGACAUUUUAAGAUGUCUUAAAUUAGGAAUGGAGCAUUGGCUUAAACAAAGUUGACCAUGUGUCAGUCUAAUGUUGGUUAAAUUAUUCACUUGGCCUAAUUUAAGUUGCCAAAAACACUUGGUUGAAAAACAAAAUUGACUUAUUGAAUAUCAAUAGCCUAGCAUAAACCUGAGAACUUUGAGAACAAUAAAUUUGAACAAUCCUCAGUUUCUUUCAUGCAUUAAAUCUUGAUUCAUAUUUCGCAUGGCUUUUUGAGCAAAAUGAUGAUGAAGCAUUUCAACUUUCAUACAAUAAAUAUAAUGUUAUAGAACAUAAACAUGGUGAUCUAACUCUGCUUCACUAUGAUUGUUUGGACAGGAGAUUUUUCAUAUUUUAUCAGAUGUAAUAAAAUUUUGUAUAUAUACAAAGAUGCGUAAGCAGGAUUUAAAAAUCAAAUUUGCCUUACAAGAGAAAUAUCAGGGAAAACUAGAUAUACAAUACAAUCUUAAUCUCACUCAUAGUGAUUUCCGGUGUAAUUUAUCUUUUAAAUCAGAUUAUAUAAAUACCAUGUUAUGUGUUUGAACAUUAAAAAUUUGUAUUUGUAUAUAUAUAAUUAUGCCGUAACUUAAAAUGCAACAUUGAUUUGUUAUUGAACAAUUCAACAGUUUUAAUUUUAAAAUGUCAUUUGUGCAAUUAAUGCAAAUCUGAAUAUUUAUGUGUGUGAACAAAUUUUACAUUUAUUUAUUAGGACAAAAGCCAUAUGAAACAAACAUUGAAAAGUUAUUUUAGAGGUAAGGAAACCAACACUCAAAUUUUUGUUUAUCAAAAUCUUUUCCUAAAACCGCUAACAGAAACUGCUCACUCCUGCUAAAGACAAUCAGGGAGUGGAACAAGCUUCCAAAAGGAACACUUGAGGCGACAACACUUGAUACCUUUGUAUCUUUUGCCUCAGGCCUCCCAACCCCCAGUUCCUGUUGUAGCCCUUGCAACCAGUGAAAUAUCCUCUUCAAUAUCAGGCACAAAAAACUUUGCGAAUCCCCUCUACAUACAUCAGAGCCAGAAUGAUCAAUACAUUGAUUGUGGGCCCUUUAUAUAUAAAAGAAGAACUAAUAACCAAUUUUAAAAAACAAUUUACUAGCUGCUAUCUUUUGCCCAACAUAGUUAUUUUGUUUUUAACUUUACCUUAUUUAUUUAAAAAUAAAUAUGAUAAAGACAACUAAUGGCAUGGUCAAACUUGAUCUGAGUGUUCAUUGUAUAGUAGGUGUUUUUUUAAAUUAAAUAUUUUAUUAGAAGGUAGCAAUUUUUAAAAAGUAUUUUUGAAUGUGAA